AGCCAUUGGAUCCUUCCUAGCCGUCAAAAAUGGUGUGACGUUUGUGGCCUCUGCUGGAAAUUCUGGUCCUAAGCCUGGAACUGUCUCAAACGUUGCACCAUGGAUUAUUACAGUUGGAGCUAGCUCCAUGGAUCGGGAGUUUCAAGCCUUUGUUGCGCUGAACAACGGCCAAAGCUUUAAGGGAACAAGCCUCUCAAAGCCUUUGCCCGAAGAUAAGAUGUACAGCGUUAUCAGUGCUGCAGAAGCUAAAGUGGCCAAUGGAAAUGCAACGGAUGCAUUGCUAUGCAAGAAAGGUAGCCUAGACCCGGAGAAGGUGAAAGGGAAGAUCGUAGUGUGUCUUAGAGGAGACAACGCACGAGUGGAGAAGGGACAGCAAGCGGCCGCUGCGGGGGCUGCGGGUAUGAUUCUAUGCAACGACAAGGCGAGUGGAAACGAAAUCAUCUCAGACGCUCAUGUUCUACCUGCUUCUCAAAUUGACUACAAGGAUGGUGAAGCUGUGUUUAAGUACCUAAAUUCCACGAAAGAUCCCAAAGGCUACAUAAAAGCACCAACUAGUGCGCUGAACAUAAAGCCUGCUCCUUUCAUGGCCUCUUUCUCUUCUAGAGGACCUAACUCCGUCACACCAGGGAUCCUCAAGCCUGACAUCACUGCACCUGGUGUCAACAUCAUAGCCGCCUUCACGGAAGCCACAAGCCCUACGGACUUAGACUCUGACCAUCGCAGAACUCCUUACAACACCGAAUCAGGGACUUCUAUGUCUUGUCCUCACAUCUCCGGCAUUGUUGGUCUUUUGAAGACACUUCACCCUCAAUGGAGUCCUGCUGCUAUCCGCUCUGCUAUCAUGACCACUUCAAGAACUAGAGACAACAGACGAAAGCCCAUGGUUGAUGAAUCCUUCAAGAAAGCAAAUCCCUUCAGCUACGGCUCAGGCCAUGUCCAACCAAAUAAAGCCGCUCAUCCUGGUCUUGUCUACGAUCUCACCACUGGAGACUACUUGGACUUCCUCUGCGCAGUUGGCUACAACAACACCGUAGUUCAACUCUUUGCCGAGGACAAACAGUACAUGUGCCGCCAAGGAGCCAAUCUUCUCGACUUCAACUACCCUUCGAUCACUAUCCUAAACCUAACGGACUCUAUCACCGUAACCCGCAAACUCAAGAACGUUGGACCGCCUGCUACUUACAAUGCUCAUUUCCGAGAGCCACUUGGCGUAAGCGUCAACGUGGAGCCCAAACAACUCAAUUUCAACAAAACUGGGGAGGUGAAAAUGUUUCAGAUGACACUGCGUCCCAAGUCAGUGAAGCCUUCUGGUUCUGGCUACGUCUUCGGAGAGCUGACGUGGACUGAUUCCCAUCAUUACGUUAGGAGUCCCAUCGUCGUCCAACUUUCAAGCUAGCCUUCACCUUUUUUUUUUCACUCUUCUUCUAUCAAAUCAAAUUUAUAAGUUUGGUUCGCCAAAUUAAUGUUGACAAAAAAUAAAAAAAUAAUUAAUUGACUUAAACGCAUUAUUAUACUUUAGUUAGAUGAUAGUAAUAAUUUAUGAAUUGGGUUUGCUCUCUCUUCUCUCUCUCGCAGAGAAACCGAUUUGCUUAGUCGUCCGGUAGAAAUCCGGCUUAGGUCUAGCAUCAUCUGGUCUUUUGUGGUGAUGGCUAGCUUUCUUACGGCAUACGUGGCUCUGUUAAGCGCCUUUGGUCGCCUCUGAUUCCGGCAUGGGUGGCUUCGAUUAGCACCUGUGGUCGGCUCUGUUUUCGGUAUCGCUCAGCUUCUUCUCCGGAAGUUUUUUUCCGGUUUUCUCUUUCUCUCUUUCGAUUCACUUUGAUCUGGGUUCAAAAUUUAUGUUGCUUAAUCUCUCUCCUUAGAUCUGGUUGUGCAACUCCCUGAGGUAGGGAGUUUCAAUUCGAACUUUUGGUUUGAGUUUUUAGCAACUGUAGUUUCCAGGAUGAUUGGGUUGAUAGAGCUUUCCUGUAUCGUCGGGAGAAGGGUGCGGGGUGCAGUGACCAGGCCUGGGCGUAUGUUUACCAACAACACUAGUCUUUGCAAAGUCGUAAGGGUUGUGCUCUGUCAGCGCACAUUGAGCUUUAAAUUCCACUUCUAAGUCAGAAGAAAUCUCAAGAGAUAGAGAAUCAGUCAAGACUUGGAAGUUCAUAACAGCCAAGAAAGAUUUGAAUUCAAUAAAAAAUCUGAUUUUAUGGUAUCAUGGAGAAGAUUCUACAAUUUAAGAACUGAAUGGUUUAUCCUCAGUAGGAAUCAGAGGACAUCAGUUGCUGUUUUGAGAAUCAUUAACUUUUUUUCAUUUGAUUUCCAUAUCAUUCCCUCUUGUUCCUUUUUGCCGGCGAUUGAUGCAAACCGGCGGUAACCGGCGGUGAUGACGAGCUGGACAUAUGUCGAUGAUGACGAGGGAGGUUGACGACGAAAGCUUCUGGCAGCUCACGGUUCCUUGUUGUUGACACGUGUUAUUGGUUGAAUAAACCUUAUCACUUCUUCUUCCUUCAGCGGCUGACGCAAAUACAGGACUUUCUUGGGUUUUAGUUAGUUUUCGUUUAUGCAUUGGGCCUGUGGGCUUUUGUUUUAGUUGGGUUGUUUUGUACAUUUGGUUCUUUCGGCUUGUAAUAUU